AUGAAAGUUAGCAUCAGAUCUCUCUCUCUCUCUCUCUCAUUCCCUUUCUCUCUUAUCCCUCGCAUUCCCUUUCUCUCUCCUCUCUCUGUCUUAUCUUUCUCUCUCCUCUCUCUGUCUCAUCUUUCUCUCUCUGUCUCAUCUUUCUCUCUACUCUCUCUCUGUCUCAUCUUUCUCUCUCUGUCUCAUCUUUCUCUCUCUGUCUCGUCUUUCUCUCCCUGUCUCGUCUUUCUCUCUCCUCUUUCUGUAUCAUCUUUCUCUCUCUGUAUCAUCUUUCUCUCCCUGUCUCGUCUUUCUCUCUCCUCUCCCUGUCUCGUCUUUCUCUCUCCUCUCCCUGUCUCAUCUUUUUCUCUCUGUCUCAUCUUUCUCUCUCUCUGUCUCGUCUUUCUCUCUCUGUCUCGUCUUUCUCUCCCUGUCUCGUCUUUCUCUCUCUUCUCCCUGUCUCGUCUUUCUCUCUCUUCUCCCUGUCUCGUCUUUCUCUCUUCUCUCUCUGUCUCAUCUAUCUCUCUACUCUCUCUCUGGUUGCAUUACUCCGCCGUGUCUAAUAAUUCGGAAAAAGUAAACAUCCAUCUUUUUUUCUUUCACUCUUUUUCUUUCUCUUCCUUUCUCGUUAUCUUUUUCUUUCUUUCUCAGUUUUUCUUUCUUUUUCUCCGUUUUUCUUUCUUUUUCUCCGUUUUUCUUUCUUUUUCUCUGUUUUUCUUUCUUUUUUCCCGUUCUCUUUCUUUCUCUCCGUUUUUCUUUUUCUCCGUUUUUCUUUCUCUUUCUCCGUUUUUUUUCUCUUUCUCCGUUUUUCAACAUUUUCCGUUUUUCUCUUUUCUCCGUUUUUCUCUUUUCUCCGUUUUUCAACUUUCUCCGUUUUUCAACUUUCUCCGUUUUUCAACUUUCUCCGUUUUUCUCCGUUUUUCUCCGUUUUUCUCUUUCUCCGUUUUUCUCCGUUUUUCUCUUUCUCCGUUUUUCUCCGUUUUUCUCUUUCUCCGUUUUUCUCCGUUUUUCUCUUUCUCCGUUUUUUCCCGUUUUUCUUUUUCCGUUUUUCUCUUUUCUCUCUCUCGUUUUUUCUUUUUUUUCUCUCUCUCUUCGUUUUUUCUUUUUCUCUCUCUUUCGUUUUUCUUUUUUUUCUCUCUCUCUUCGUUUUUCUCUUUUUUUCUCUCUCUCUUCGUUUUUCUCUUUUUUUCUCUCUCUCUCUCCGUUUUUCUCUUUUUUUCUCUCUCUCGCCGUUUUUCUCUUUUUUUCUCUCUCUCUCUCUCGCCGUUUUUCUCUUUUCUUUUCUCUCUCUCUCUCUCCGUUUUUCUCUUUUUUUCUCUCUCUCUCUCGCCGUUUUUCUCUUUUUUUCUCUCUCUCUCUCCGUUUUUCUCUCUCUUUCUUUCUCUUUCUUUCUCGAUUUUCUAA